UGAUGAAGAAAACGAGCUGUUACUCUACUUUCCACCAGGUGCUACUAAUUCUCGUCUCUAAUCUUCUACCCUGUUUGGUUUCGUCCCUAACAUGCCAGAGAACCUGCGGGAGCCAAGUAAUCAGAUACCCGUUCGGGACCGGGCCGGGCUGCGGGGACCCCCGGUUCGAGCCUUACGUGACCUGCAACAGCCAGCAGCAGGUCCUGAGGUUGGGAACCCGCAGCGGGUGUUACCCGGUCACGGCCAUCGACUACGAGAGAGAGGUAAUUUACAUCUUUGACCCUUCCAUGUCCACCUGCUCUUGCACCCCGCCAAGCAGAGGGUUCAGCCUCGACGGGAAUGCUCCUUUCUCCUUCUAUGACUCCACCGUUUUCGCCCUUCUAGGCUGCUCGGGAGGGGUAAAUUCGUCUUCUCCGGUGUGCGAUUCCCAGGCGGCCCCAAUCUGCGACCUCCUAUACUCAUGCCAGCCAAUCACCAGCAGGGUGAACAACAUCCAGGUCUCCGGCGGUUGCUGCGUCUACGCGCCGGUGGAUCUCGGGCCGGCGUUUCAGAUGGACUUGGAGAAACUCCAGUGCGCCGGCUACUCCGCCAUGUACAGCGGCGGAGACGGGAACCCGCUGGCGUGGAAAUACGGGAUUGCCCUGAAAUAUAAGUUUAACUACAAUAACGAUUACCCGGAUCUGUGCGAAAGCUGCGAGAAGAGCAAUGGGGUUUGUGGGUACUCUGUACAGUAUAGAACUUUUCUGUGUAACUGUCCUGGCGGGUUCAAUUCUAGCUCGACUUGUUUCAUCCCUGCUUUGAGUGAUAGCAGCAAUCGUCUCAGGGGUCUCUCUUGGAAAGCAGGAGGAAUUUUGGUGGGUGUGAUCUUGGGAUUGUUGAAGUGGACGUGAUAAUCAACCAUAAAAUUCAACUUCCAUGAAUUAUUAUUUGAUCAGCAUGGUUAUUGGUUGGCCACUUUAAUUUGUUCUUGCAUCUUACGUACAUUUUUUUUAAAUGUAAAGGGCAUAUAAAAUCAUGAAAAUGUAAAAAUGCAAAUUGUUGCUUGCUUAGCAUGUUGUUUGUUUGUUUGUUUUGAUUUGGGAAAAUUUGUCAAUUAGUUGCCUCCUAUAUCGACAUCUGUCUAUCUUAUUUUAAAUACAAUUCCAUCUUGGCUAUUAACCGUAGAUCAAAUCUGGCUUGAUAGUUGUUACUCUUAAGUCGUAACAUAGCAAAAAUGCACUUACACUAUAAAUUAAAUAUACUCCGUAGUGUACAAAUCUGUGUCAUCAGAAGGGUAAAUAAAGGGUCGCAUCUCAAAUAUUAAAAAUGUUAAUGCGUAUUUAUUUAUAUGUAAAAGUUUAGAUAUAAAGAUUAUUUAUACGAGUUAACCAAAAUUAUGAUCAUGCCUAUACAUGCAUAUAUAUCCGGGCAAUCGCGCGCAAUUAUAAUGCCUACGUCAAUUCAGACGAUUUUUCCCAAAAUAAAAGUAAAACAGGUGGUUUCAGGCACUACUUACUCGAUCCUACUUUGGAGAAAACUAAGUACACCUAGCUAAUUAAAAAAUCAAAAAUCAUCGAACAUAUAGUCAUAUACUCGUAUUUAAAACAAUGCCCGAAAUCAUUUAUACCCCAAAGUGUCCAAAUUCCAAAACAUCUUGAAUAUGUUAUUUUGGUUGUAGAGUACAUUUUUUCAUUCAUCGUGUCGAAUCAAAUUCGAUAUGCUUUUGUCCCUUUAAAUUUUAUGAACUUUCCUUUUUUUAGAUUAAAAAACUUUACUAUUUUUCUUUCAAAUAAUUAAUUUGUAAUUUUAAUUAUUCUCUAUCAUCUAUACAAACAAUAACCAUAGUUAUAUUUAAUUAUUUGAGGUAUUUACCUAAAUAGGACUAAACCAAUCUUUAAUUGCUAAAAUAGGACUAAAGUAUAAAAUUCUCCUAAAUAGGAGUUAUAAUCUAUAAUUGGACAAAAGCGCCCUUGAUGCUUGGAAGUCAACCCGCCGCCGACCAGAACACUGGACCACCGCCGUUUCGCGGUCUGCCGCCGCCGGUCGCCGGAGAUCGCCGUCGCCUAAAAAAGUGACCUCUGUUGCAGAUCUGAUGUAACACCGCCCCCAAGUAAUUGUACUUUAUCAAAUUAUGUAUUGAACCCUGAGAAAUGAAUAAACACAUCUUUACGCGAUUGUAAAAUUUUCAUCAUUUCUUCUACGUGAGUAUUAGAAUUCACGUGGAGCCCACACCGGGAGUGGGGGGCCACCCGAUAUUGUCGGGACCGCAU